UACAGGCCUAGGGUUUUAGGCUAUGGCGGCAAGAGCCGCGUCCAUGGCGCUCUCGGCGGCGGCAUGCGCUUCCUCGCCAAUCCACAGCUUUGAUCAGCCAUUGCGCGCGACGAGCAUCAGCGCUAGGAGAUCUCGGCUGCCGCUCACGGUACGUGCUGCUGCUAGAUUGAGCGCUAGUGCAUUGGGAAUUUCGAUGGCUCCACUGGAUUUCGUCCAUGGCGACACAUCGAGAGCUGUGGCCAGCACGGCGGCGCCGCCCGGGCAGAAAUCUGCUGAGGCGGAUGUCAUGGGAUUGUUGCUCAGGCAGCGAACGGUCUUUCUAGGGCAUCAGCUGGAUGAUUUCGUGGCGGACGCGAUCAUCAGCCAGCUUCUCCUGCUGGACGCGAUGGAUUCCAAGAAGGAGAUCAGGAUGUUCAUCAAUUGUCCUGGGGGGUCUGUGAGUGCUGCGAUGGGAAUUUAUGACGCGAUCCAGCUUUGCCGAGCAGAAGUGUCGACGAUCGCCUUUGGUCUAGCGGCUUCCACUGCUUCGGUCAUUCUCGCUGGGGGGACAAAGGGGAAACGCUUUGCAAUGCCCAACACACGCAUCAUGGUGCAUCAGCCUAUGGGUGGAGCUAGCGGACAAGCUAUUGACGUUGAGAUCCAGGCCAAGGAGAUCAUGUUCCACAAGAACAACUUUACUCGGAUCCUCGCAGAGAUAACUGGGAAACCAUUUGAGCAAGUCGAGAAAGACAUAGACAGAGAUCGUUACAUGUCGGCAGUGGAAGCUAUGGAGUACGGGUUGAUCGAUGGUGUUAUCGACCAAGAGAACAUCAUUCCUGUGCCUGCUAUGCCCGAGAAAAAGAUCGAGAGAAGGCGUGACAUCAAGGAUGCAGAAGCGGAUCCUAUGAAGUUUUUGAAGCCUCAAAUUCCCGAUGAUGAAAUCUUUUGAAAGAGUUUUUGGAGGAGCGGUAUUGACGUAAAAGAGAGCAAAAGACAAAAUUCGAUUCGAGCGACUUUGAAUUCUAUCUAGGAUACAUACACAGAGAGAGAAGCUCACGACUUCCGGGUUGGCUUCUUCUUCUGUUUCCUGUUGUGGAACCAGUACUUAAGCGAUUCGACCGUUAUCCCGA